CGCCAUCUUUUUCGGUUCACUGUGGCCUGCCGCGUCUCUCGCCUGAUCGGAACGCUCCCUUGUCCAGCCGCUCCACGUUAACCUGCAGACACCAUGGCCGGAACCAGAGUCUUCUUCGACGUCACCGCUGACGGCAGCCCUAUAGGCCGCGUCGUCAUGGAGCUCCGCCCUGACGUGGUUCCUAAGACUGCUGAGAACUUCCGGGCCCUGUGCACCGGGGAGAAAGGCUUCGGCUACAAGGGCAGCAGCUUCCACCGCGUCAUCCCUGAGUUCAUGUGCCAGGGCGGCGACUUCACCAACCACAACGGAACCGGUGGAAAGUCCAUCUACGGCAACAAGUUUGCUGACGAGAACUUCACGCUGAAGCACACCGGAGCCGGCAUCCUGUCCAUGGCCAACGCCGGGCCCAACACCAACGGGUCGCAGUUCUUCAUCUGCACAGCAAAGACCACAUGGCUGGAUGGGAAGCACGUGGUGUUCGGCCAGGUGGUGGAGGGCAUGGACGUGGUGAAGAAGAUGGAGAGCUACGGCAGCAGCUCAGGGAAAACCAAGGCCAAGCUGGUCAUCGCUGACUGUGGGCAGCUCUGAGCGCCACAGGAGCCCCGACCCCUGCUGACCCGUAGUCUGACCCCCUUUUAGGCUCCGCCCCUCCAUAAGUCGACAUUCCUAAUGAUGGAGAUUCAGCCGGUCCUUCCCCUCGUGUUCAGUCAAAUCAAUGUUGCUGCAUCCGUUACUUUGCCUUUAAAAGUUUCUUUUGCAUUAACGUUUUUUUUUUUUUGUUU